AUGCUUCAAAUUCCUGGCGCAACAAGUUACAUCGGUCCUAUCGGGAAGGACAAGUUUGGAGAGGAGAUGAAGAAAAAUGCAACACAAGCUGGUGUUAAUGACGACUCUCCUACUGGUACAUGUGGUGUACAUGUGGUUGGUAGCGAAAGGUCCCUCGUUGUCAAUUUAUCAGCUGCAAAUUGGUACAAACUCGAUCACUUGAAGAAACCAGAAAGCUGGGCUCUGGUGGAAAAGGCCAAAUUCUACUACAUUGCCAGAUUUUUCCUCACAGUUUCUCCAGAGUCUAUCUUGCAUGUCGUUGAGCAUGCAGUUGCUAACAACAAGGUUUUCUUGACAAACCUUUCUGCUCCAUUUAUCUGCGAUUUUUUCAAGGAUGUCAAAGACAAAGUAUUCCCGUACAUGGACUAUGUUUUUGGAAAUGAAACUGAAGCAAGAGCUUUCUCCAAAGUUCACGGCUGGGAGACAGAUAAUGUUGAGCAAAUAACUGUGAAAAUUUCCCAGCUACUGAAGGCAUCCGGGACCCACAAGAGAAUCACUGUAAUUACACAGGGUGCGGACCCAAUUGUGGUUGCCGAGGAUGGAAAGGUGAAGUUGUUGCCCAUCAUCCCGUUGACAAAGGAGAAACUCCUGCAGCUAUCUGUACAUAGUAUGGAGAAGGAAAGGGAUUUCUACUUUUCAAGAUUGAGGGAGAUUGAGAUCUUGUGCCAGAACCCUGAUACUGAAAAGCUGCCUGUGGUUAAAGAAAUAAAAGGGAUAAUAUACGCUGCAAAUGAUGAUGAUGAAUCGGUGGUAGCAGAGGAUCAGGCUUGUUUAACAUCAUCGGAGCAUGUGUUGUCUGAAGAAAUAGAAAACAAAAUGAAGGCUGAUACUCAAAAGAGAAAAGGUAUUAAUAACAUUGAUGUUGAUGUUGCAGCUAGCAAUACCUUGUCUCCUAGGCAACGGUUGGUCGAGUCCUCUGACGUGCAUUGCAGUGGGUCAUCUCUGGUUACAUACUGA